UAGGUACAAGUUAGGAACUUGAAGUUGGUGGUUUCCCUGCUUUCUUUAAUCUCAGCUUGGUAACCUUAGGUAAUUCACAGGUACCUAGCGUAAAAGAAUAAGCCAUCCGCUAUUAGCCGACGCUACCUACCUGGUACUACCGAAUACCUAAUUCCCACCGCUCUGGAAAUGCCGAGGCCGCUGAACGGGACGUCAUUCCACUAUUUUUUGUUUGGUCAGGUCUCGUCUAUUUUCGAGCACGGCCCCGCAACCGCCUCCAUUACCUCCUCCGUCGCCGCCAUGGAUGAUGAUUUUACAUAGGAAUUUCAUUGCGUCUGCGCUCAUCUCGGUUCGUCCCAAUUAAGAGUGCAGUCAUGUUUCGCCCUGCAUUAUCGCGCGUUUCGAGGCAAUUUGCCGUGCAUACAAGGCAUUUGCAAGCUUUUAGAAGCUAUGCCUCGACACCCAAGUCUUCGUUUACUUGGGAAGAUCCAUUGGCGAGUAAUAACUUGCUUACCGAGGAGGAAUUGGCCAUCUCCGACACCGCGGAACGAUACUGCCAGGAGCAAUUACAGCCACGGGUGCUACAGGCGUAUCGAGACGAGCACUAUGAUCCCGCUAUCUUGCGUGAGAUGGGUGAACUUGGUCUCCUCGGAGCGAAUCUUCACGGCUACGGUUGCGCUGGUGUAUCGACCGUCGCAUCGGGCCUAAUUACUCGGGCCGUCGAACGAGUCGAUAGCGGUUACCGAUCUGGCAUGUCGGUACAAUCCUCGCUGGUUAUGGGUGGGAUCUACGAAUUUGGGUCCAAGGAGCUGAAAGACAAAUAUUUACCGGAUAUGGCUAAGGGUAAACUACUUGGGGCGUUUGGGCUCACAGAGCCCAACCACGGGAGUGACCCGGGGUCAAUGGAGUCGACGGCGCGACCGCAUCCAACGAAAAAAGGGUACUUUCUUAUAAGUGGUUCGAAAACUUGGAUCACUAACUCGCCUAUUGCCGAUGUCUUUCUCGUAUGGGCCAAGUUACAAGAGACUGGCAAGAUCAGGGGAUUUGUUAUAGAUAGGAGGGAUUGCCCGCCUGGCACUCUGGAAACCCCGGCUAUCAAAAAUAAAACCGGGCUUAGGGCUAGUAUUACGGGCAUGAUUCAUAUGGACGAUUGCCCGGUGCCGGAAGAGCAUAUGUUCCCCGAUGUCGAGGGCUUGACUGGCCCCUUCACGUGCUUAAAUAGCGCUCGGUAUGGUAUUUCCUUUGGCACCAUGGGCGCCUUGGAGGACUGUAUUGCUAGGGCGCGGGAAUAUGCCUUGGGCCGAAAACAAUUCAAGAAUAAUCCCCUUGCCAAGUACCAACUGGUUCAGAAGAAGCUGGCGGAUGCUGUGACGGAUGCUGCAUAUGGGGUACUCGCAUCGAUACAAGUUGGCAGGCUUAAGGAUGAAGGAAAAGUUACACCGGAGAUGAUCAGCAUGGUGAAGAGACAAAAUUGUGACCGUGCGCUUGUAAACGCGAGGGCGUUGCAAGAAAUCUUCGGGGGUAACGGGGUUAGCGACGAGUACGGGAUCGGAAGACACGUAGCCAACUUGUUUGUAACCCAAACUUAUGAAGGGCAGAGCGAUAUUCAUAGUCUCAUUCUCGGGAGGGCCAUAACUGGGCUCCAAGCUUUCGUAUAAACGAGGUACCUAACGCAACCUACCUCCGACAUGUGCAUGAUAGCUAAUAUUUGGGAUGCUUGAAUUCGGGUACUUUUUAGUUCUUAGAUAGGUAUACAUCGAGGGAUCAAGGAAGGUCUGUUGAUCUUAACAGACAUAAAAAUAGAAGCUCACAUAUCUUAAUUAGUGUUCGCCCGUGAUAUAUAAGUUAAGUAGGUUAGGUAGGAGGGAGGUAGCUAAACCCCUAACUUAAGUUAAAACUAACUUGUAACGCGGGACCAUUCUAUUGCUCCAGUCGUUCGAAAUUUGGCGGCAAACCAAAAUGAUGUUAUUGAGCAUGAAUAAUGAAUAAUGUGAAGCAUGACAAUUGCUGACAGCUGAGGCGAAAAACAAGCUGUAAGUGGUGAGAGAUAGGGAGGUGCAGGCGCGAUUAGCAGGGCCUGACCAGCUAGGCUUGGCUGAUUGGUCAGUAUCGCACCAAUACACAUAGUCAUGUAACCAAACCAACCAGACGGGCCAAGCAAGCCCAAGGCUCUGUCACUUCGGGCUCAAAAGGGGGCAGUCAAGGCACCUUCCAAUUGGCUCAAACAGGGUUCGACUUGCCGGUUUCGUGUGAUCUUUG